UGGAAACAGACUCCGCAAUCCUUGUAGUGAUGAGCCUAGCUGUUUUCAGUGAGUAUUUGCCGAGUGCCAGCAGAGGCACAGAGGCACACGGGCUGUGAGCUUCAGUGAGAGGCUGAGGAGCUGCAGCACCAGUGGGGGCCUUCAAACCUCCCACCUUUGCAGGUCUGGGAGGUCACCAGAUGCUUGCUGCAUGCAGGGGAAGGGUAGCGUAGGGCAGAGUCCUUGCUUGGAUCGGCAGUCUCUCUGCACCAUAUGCUCAGCCCGUCUCUUACCACCCUGGUGUGGGAGGAGACUGCACGGCUACGGGCAUCCUUAGAAACUCUAGUGAAGCAUCUCUGUCUUGGUUGCAGCUGGUGCCUGCUGUGGGAUGUCACUGCUCCUGUGGACAGCACAGACAAUGAAUGUGCAAGAGGUCAGUGGGACAGGAAAGUCUUGCAAAGGAGCUCUGCCGGGAGAGGGGGGGUUGAGUAGACUGCCCCAUCCUCCGGCUCCUGGCAGUGACCCUCAAAAUCAGCACCAGCUUCUGCCGUGCAUCCCUAGAGCCGCUGGCUCUGGAAAGUCCCGACAGCUCUGGGACUCACAUUAGGGCCUUUCUCUUUCAGUUGCUGCUGGGGCUGCCUGCAGCCGAGCUGAGGUCCCUGCGGUAAGAGCCCUCUCCUCUCCUGACCUGCAGCAGCUUUGCUGGGUCCCGGCAGAUGAGCCCACGCUCUUGCGCUCACUCGCACAGUGCACAGUGCUCAUGCCUUUCGCAGCUGCCUGGGCCUUUGGCUAAACCUGGAGCGGGAAGGAAGCACUUGCAAACUGGGGAAAGAAGAGGGGGCUCCAGCACCUCUGUCUCUGCUCCUGCCCGGCCUGGAGCCUCUGGGCUGGGCCAGGCAGCUCUCUGACAAGAUCUGCUUUCCUGCUGACUGCAGGAACACGCUCGCUCUGUGGAGGGAACAAGCCCAAGAGGUGCAAGAGCUGAGGGAUGAGGCGGCACGUCUGGCUGCAGAGAUCAGUACUAUGAUGAAGGAAUUUCAGCAAAUGAGAGACGCAAAGUCUGCAAACACGGGGAUGUCUGACUGGGCUCUGAAAACCCCAGGGGCUGCCAUCGACCUGCAGAAAUCGUCCAGCCGCUGCACAGGGUUCUGUAGUGUGUUUUGGUUCCUGUGUGCUCCACCGCGCCUGGAUAGCUUUGUGCAGCCGGACACAUCCCCGGGAUACUGCUGGCCGUUCCAAGGGUCUCGGAGUGAGGUGCUAAUCCGGUUGCCCACACAAAUACAACCAACAGCUGUGGUCAUACAACACACCUCAAAGGCAGCCUCUCCACCGGGGACUGUCAGCAGUGCCCCCAGAGAUUUCACCGUCUCUGUAAGUCUCUGCCGGGCACUGGGAGCUGGGACCGGGCACGGGGAAAAGCUGUAAUGGGGACCUGGAGCUCUGUGCACAUUAGCCAAGAUUGCUGUGCUCCCAGCUCUGCUGUUCCCCGAGGGGACAUUGCAAGGGACACAUGCGGCGGUGACCCCCCUAAGAUUUGCUCAGUGUGUUUUGGCCCAGCACCUCCAGGACCCUGAGCAUGAGACAAGGAGGAGACUCA